ACUCGAGAGCUUAACUCUCUUGUGCUCUCCUUCGUUUAUGGCAACUGAAGAAGCUCCUUCCUCCUCGACGCCCGUCGACGGCGGCGCUGCUCUUAACCCUCCUCCUUCCUCCGACAUAGCAGCUUCAGCUUCUUCGGCUAUUGAUUUUCUCACCCUCUGUCAGCGCCUCAAGACUACGAAAAGAACUGGCUGGGUUCGUAGAAGAGUCAAGGAUCCCGAAUCCAUAGCAGAUCAUAUGUACCGAAUGGGAGUAAUGGCGCUCAUUAGUUCGGAUAUUCCGGGCAUCGAUAGAGACAAGUGUAUAAAAAUGGCAAUUGUACAUGACAUUGCAGAAGCAAUUGUUGGUGACAUUACCCCAUUUGAUGGGGUUUCAAAGUUGGAAAAGAGUAGACGAGAACAAGAAGCAUUAGACCACAUGUGCAAAGUGCUUGGUGGUUCAAGAGCCAAGGAAAUAGGUGAAUUGUGGAUGGAGUAUGAAAAUAACAGUUCACCAGAAGCUAAAAUUGUGAAGGAUCUUGAUAAGGUCAGCUACGUAAGCUUAGAAAGUUACGAAAGUAAGCUCGAUGCUUAAUACUUGCUAUGUUUU